AUGGUUAAUAAAUAUGUAUUGAAGUUUCUUUCUACUUUGCCUAAAAAUACAGAAGACAAAAUUACAUUUUCUCUUUUAAUACUAUCAUUAUUUCUUUUUUUUAUAAUUAAAAUUAUUUUAACAAUUCUUUUUUUCCAAAUACAAAAAGGUACAUGUUCAACAGUUAUAUGCCCUGAUUUACAAAAAAUAAAGUUUUCUGAACUUCCAUUAUCCAUAAAAAUACUAGAAACAAUCCGACCAAUUGGAGGAACAUUAAGUUUAAUUUUAUUUGAAUUAAUAUUGUUACUUUUAAAUGUUAAAAGAAACCAUGCCAAGACAAUUGCAACUAUAGGGGCAAUUAUAGGUUCAUUAAAAAUUUUAGUAUCUAUUAUAGAAACAGGAUCAAAUAUUCAUUCAGCUAAAUUUAUAGAUACACAAAUUAUUGUAAUAUUAAAUAAUUUAAAUGGUACAUUUGUAUUAAUAGAAGGAUUGGUACUUAAUUUAGCAUUAUUUGCUGUAUUUUAUAGGUAUAAAUUACAAAUGAAUGAUAAUUUAGAAAAAGAAAGUAUAUCAAUAAAGUCAUCAUCCAAGUCAAGUAGUAGUAGUAGUAAUAGUAGUAAUGGUAGUAGAAAAAGAAGAAGUAGUAAAAGGCAAAGUAAAAAAUAG